AUGAGGGGCAUCCCUCCAUCUCCAGCCCCCCCACUUCUGCUCACCUGCCUGAAGAUGCUCUGGUUUUCUGUGCUCUUGCAAGGAGUCUCCUUCGCUUGGGCUGCCAGCGGAGCUUCCCACUGGACCUACGAAGGAGCCCACGGGCAAGAACGCUGGCAGGAGACGUACCCUGACUGUGGGCGGGAGGCCCAAUCCCCCAUCGACAUCCAGACGGAGUCAGUCCACUAUGACCCCUCCCUGCGCCCCAUUGAGCCUGAGGGAUACCGCAGCCCUGGAAGCGAGAAACUGACCCUGACUAAUAACGGGCACACAGUGCAGAUGUCUCUGCCCCAGACGAUGCGCUUACACGGCCUGCCCAAGGUCUACUCGGCUGUUCAGCUGCACUUCCACUGGGGCAGCCAGAGACACACGGAGGGGUCAGAGCACCGGGUGGACGGCCGGGCCUUCCCUGCGGAGGUUCACAUUGUCCAUUUCAACUCAGAGAAGUAUGCCAACCUGAGUGAGGCGAAACACCACGCAGACGGGCUGGCUGUGCUGGGGAUCUUUCUGGAGGUCGGCAACUCGGAGAACCUUGCUUACAGCCACAUCUUUGACCACUUGGAAGACAUCGAGCAUGCAGAGCAGGAAAUCUCUCUCUCGCCCUUCAACAUCCGCGACCUCCUUCCCGCGCACCUGGGCCACUUUUUCCGUUACAACGGCUCUCUGACGACCCCGCCGUGCUACCAGAGCGUACUGUGGACUGUCUUCCACCAGACCGCCCGCAUCUCCACUGACCAGCUGGAGAAACUGCAGACAUCGCUUUACUCCACAGAAGAUGACAAAACUCCAGAGCUGCCUCUUGAGGAUAACUUCCGGAGGCCACAAGACUUGAACCGCCGCCUGGUGUUCUCUUCCUUCCCGGCAGCACCCUCUGGAUAUUCUGCAGGCAAGAUUGUGGCCAUCAUUUUCGGGGUGGUUUUGGGCUGCCUCAUCCUCUUCCUUGCUGGCUGGAUUAUGGCAAGAAGAAUACGGGAGAAGACCAUUCAGGACCAGAAGGGUGUGGUCUUCAAAUCCUCAUCACCUCGACCCCCUACGGAUUAA